AUGGUGCCCCAUGCUAGGAGGAUUGGUAGGCCAGUCUACCGGAGGCCAUAUCCAGGGCACUUUGAUCAAGAGGAAUUUUCGAGGGGUUUCAAGGUUCCGAAUUUUGCACUAUUUUCGGGAGAUGGGCUCCAAUCGACCGUCGAACAUAUUGGCCGAUUCACGACCCAAUGUGCAGAGAUUGGGCAUCGUGAGGCCUUGAAACUAAGGUUAUUCCCAAGUACACUCACAAGGGCAGCUUUCUUGUGGUAUGUCAAACUUUCACGAAACUCUAUCCCAAAUUGGCAAGUCAUGGAGAAAAUCUUUCAUGAGCAAUUUUAUCGGCCGGAGUUGGAAGUCUCAAUGGCCAACUUGGUGAAGAUAAGCCAAAAGCCAAAUGAGUCGGUCCAAGAAUACUUGGGGCGAUUUAGAGAAUUCCGUGACAUUUAUGAUCUCUUACUUCGAGUGGACCGAUACGAAGCACUUUUAAAGGAUGAACAACAAAAUGGGCCGCCGGCACCUCGACCAACCUUUUACAAGAAUUCGGCCAAAUCCUUCGGGCCUAGAACUAUGGCGGUCCACGCAGUGGACGUUGAAGAUAUAAAAUUAGAAGAAAGAGAUCAAGAGAUUUUACUAAAAGAAGAAGAAGAGUCAGCCGGGGUAGACUUGGCCGAGAUUACGACAAAAGGGCCAUAUGUGCAAGGCUUUGUCUAA